AUGCCCAAGAACAAGGGAAAGGGUGGUAAGAACAGACGUCGUGGAAAGAACGAAAACGACAACGAGAAGCGUGAACUCACCUUCAAGGAGGAAGGUCAGGAAUAUGCGCAGGUCGUGAAGAUGCUGGGUAACGGCCGUCUGGAGGCUCUGUGCUUCGAUGGCGAGAAGCGACUGGCGCACAUUCGAGGCAAGCUGCGAAAGAAGGUCUGGAUCAACCAGGGAGACAUCAUCCUGCUCUCUCUACGAGACUACCAGGACGAGAAGGGCGAUGUCAUCCUCAAGUACAACGCCGAUGAGGCCCGAAGCUUGAAGGCCUACGGCGAGCUGCCAGAAUCCGCCAAGAUCAACGAGACCGACACCUAUGGCCACGAGGGUUUCGAGGACAACGUCGAGUUCGACGAGGACCGCGAGAGCGAGGACGAGAAGGAGAUCGAUGUCGACGAGAUCUAA